CCUAACUACAGACAUGUGGGCUUCAGUACUCACAGUGCUCAGCCUAGUGACCUCAUUGGCUAAUGCUGCUGACACCUGCCCAGAAAUAAAGGUUGUGGGAGUUGGAGACUCGGACAAGUUGACCAUCCUCAGAGGUUGUCCUGGGAUUCCAGGUUCUCCUGGUCAAAAAGGAGACGCUGGGUCAGCUGGAGAGCAAGGGUUAAAGGGUCUUUCAGGAAGUGCAGGAAAGGCCGGCCCACCUGGGCAAAAAGGUGAGACUGGUUCAUCUGGAAUAAAGGGAGAGAAAGGAGAAAAAGGAGAUAUCGGCAAAGCAGAGCCCCAGUACGUUGCGAGGAACUGUAAGGAGCUGUUGGAUCAGGGAGAGGUCCUAAGUGACUGGUACACAAUAUACCCAGAUGGCGAGCGACCUCUGAAGGUGCUGUGUGAUAUGCACAUUGACGGAGGAGGCUGGAUUGUGUUUCAGCGGCGUUGGGACGGUUCUGUUGACUUCUUCCGUGAUUGGAAAUCCUACAAGACAGGAUUCGGCAACCGUCUGAAUGAGUUCUGGUUGGGAAAUGAUAAUAUUCACAAAAUAACGUCAGCAGGCACAUGGGAGCUGCGUAUAGAUCUUCAGGACUUUGAGAGCACAAAACACUUUGCCAAAUACACAACCUUCCAACUCCUGGGAGAGUCUGAGAAAUAUAAGUUAUUGCUUGGAGCCUUCACGGAGGGCACUGCGGGGGAUUCUCUAUCACAACACAAGGACAAACCGUUUACCACAAAAGAUCAAGACAAUGAUGAUAACCCAGGCAACUGCGCUCAAUAUUUCAAAGGAGGUUGGUGGUACGUCAAUUGCCACCAUUCAAAUCUAAAUGGAUUGUAUCAUCUGGGACAACACAGCAGUGAUGCAGAUGGUAUCAACUGGCACACUGGGAAGGGUCAUAAAUACUCUUAUAAGUUUUCUGAAAUGAAGAUAAGACCAGUGUAAAAAAAAUGUAUAAAAAAGUAGUCUCACGACAAAUUCUGAUCAAUAUACAGUAUGCUAAAAACCAUAACUUAAAUAAGAUGAGCUCAGCACUCUUCAUAUUAUUAUAAUUAUUUCAUAAUUGCGGAGGCUCCUGUCUACCAAUCCAACUGUGGGAAGUUUUUCUUACCAGCCAAUAACAAUGUAUACUGUAGUAUGUAAUGUGUGUUUCUUGGUAGCUUCAGUUUAAAUUAAAACAAAGCCUGGUUGGAUAUUUUUCAUGCAGAAAAUGUUUAAAUGUUUAUAACUAUCUUUCAUAUGCUAGAUAAUGAUCUACUUGCAAUACUUAUCUAAAUAUAACUUGUAUAAGUCAAGGACAGCACAAUAUAUACAAUAAAACAUGAUACUUUUUUAACAAAUGUGCUAACACAGAAUAUUAAACCUAACUGAUAUUUGUUUAAUGAAUUAUUUUUGAAAAAUGCUGGAUUUAGACGAAAUUUGCUUAAGAAAAAGAAAAUAAUAAUAAAAAAUAACACAUAUAUAUAUAAUUAAAUUGCAAUAAAAUGUAUCAACCAUC